AACUAUAUACGGAUACAAACCCGAGCUAAGUUGCCUUGUCAGCUGUGUACAGUGUGGUCAACAAGUGUGAACAAGCUAGUCCUUCACAGCUAUGUCUAAACUUCAAUAUGGCCCAAUCACUGUUCACAUGAAAGAAAAACGUGGCGGCAGGAUAGAAUUUGAAUUCACUAACAACGAGAGUAAAAACCUCUACCUCCUAAACUACCAUACCCCAUUGGAAGGAAUAAGGUCCUGCUACUUGAGCGUCAAGCACAAGGCGUCCGGAGAGAAGCAGAAAUACAAUGGGAUUAUUGCGAAAAGGCCUCCACCAACAAAAGGCUCUCACUGCAUGCUCCUCAAACCAGGAGAGUCACGCAGUACCACCGUUAACCUCACUGAUGCAUACACCUUCCCUCAUAGCGGGGAAUACACGAUUGAGUACACUAGACCACUAGUAUACUUCACUGAAGAUGAUAUGAAGAAACACAGUGAGGAUUCUCCUUUGCCUUACCACCCCAAGCAACAUGAGUUCCUUCCUUUGACCGAUCCUUUGACAAUUUACAUGGGAGCAACUCCUCAUAAACCAAGAGAUGAAGAGCCCAAAAGAGCCCCAGUGGAUAAUGUAGUAGUAGUUAAUGGGUCUGGUGAUCAGGAAAAAGUCAUAAGAGAUCUCCACAGGGAAAUGGUCACCAUUGGUUAUCCAAUGGUCAUAAGAGCUGUGAAAAAGAAUUCAAAGUUAUACAAGACAUGGUUUGGUGAUGAAUCUUACCAAAGUCACGUUUUAAGUGUCUAUGAGAAAUGCUACCAUCAUCUAAGCAAUGACGUUUGCAAGUAUCAGUUUGGAGGCUCAGACUGCACUGGGAACGACUUUGCUUACACGAUUCAAGGAACUCAUAAAGUCUUCCUCUGUGGCCUCUUCAAAAAGGCUAGCACGAAAUCACGAUUCUCUGGCGAUGACAGCAAGCAACAGACGCUGGUUCACGAAUGGUCGCAUGCUUUUGGAUUUACAGACGAUGAUGGUGGUCAUGGCUAUGGAUCACAUACUGGUCAAGAACUGGCUAAACACCAUCCAGGCAUUGCUACUCACAAUGCUGAUAACUAUGGAUACUUCUACUGCGAUGUCAUGCUGGAACACCAUCAGAACUAAACGUACUGCUAGUGUGAUUUCACUGAUUUAUAUUAAACUUGAUUUUCUUAGUAUGAUGAUGUGCUACAUGUGUUACAAUAAUCAUUGUUUAUAUUGA